GUGUGUGUGCGCGUUGAGGGGUGGUAGAUGUCCGCCGCCUCCGCGGAGGGCGGGUGCUCAACCCCUGCCCGCCUCCGCGGGGGGCGGUGUGCGCGCCGCCGCCUCCGCGGGGACCGGCGCUGGUCGGCGGCUGCGGGGCGCGGUGUAACCGGAGCCGCGUCCCUCGCUCCUUCCCCUCCGCUCGGGCCUGAGCGAUUCCCCCCCCCCCCCCCCCAGCCCGCGAAUCACACGGCUCCUCGUCCAGAGAGGGGCAUUCAGGCCGUGCGGGUUGUCUGCGGGAAACCUGCCUGAGAGCCUGGAAAAGAAAAAAAAAAAAAAGAAAAAAAAAAAAAAAAAAAAAAAAGGUGGGGGGGGUGGGGAAGGAAAAAAAAAAAAAAAGAAGGUGGGGGGAAAAGCAAGGAGGUUGCUGGCAGUCACCGGGAAAUAAUGAUAUCUGAUUCUUAGUUUGUGUUAGCCUGUAUACUUCUGUCUGAAGCGUGCGUAUGCGGGAGCCCACUGUCUAAAUACACUUGUAAUUUAGCCAGGAAAGAGUCUCCUUGUGAAAGGAGAACAGCCUGCUCGUUCAGUAUUAAUCAAUUGCUUUUGUAUUUAUGUGUGGGAUUUUUUUUUUUUUUUUUUUUUUUUUACUUUCAGAGUAGUAGAUGAAUAGGCUCUAGAACUGAACCGAUAAUAUUUUUAUGGUAUUUAAGUGUAGUUUCAGCUAAGCGUAUAGCGUCUGGCUACGACAGUUACAGCAGAGCUCUAUUGCUGCUGUAAAUAAGUAAGCAGUUUAAGACUGCCAGUCUUUCUACUUAAAGCAUUUUGUGUGUGUGUGUGUGUGUUCUUAUUUUGCUGCCAUUGUGACUGAAGGCAGUCAUUUGGUUUUUUUAUCCCUUUGGGUUUUUAUAUACUGAACUAUAAAAUCAACUCCAGUCAGUUAAUUUCCUGGCUCUUCACAGCCCGAUAGCAGCGUUGGGCCACCUGGUGGGCUCCUCUCAUGGGGGAAUCCUCUGCGAGUGAUGAGCCGGAGGGAGCUGCUGGUCUGCUGUGUUGGAUGCUCUUGGAGACAUGACAACAUUGCACACCCGUGUUAAUUCAUACCGCAACUAUUCUUCCCCAAAGCAGGGCUCUUGUUUGCUCACACGCAGCUGAAGACCACUGUGAAUGGAAACCGGUUGUUUUUAUCGCAGUUGGUGUAGCAUGCUUGAGAUGUAUCUGAGUAGUGAGGCCCCCCUCACGCACAGCCCCUAGAAAUCGUUGCCUGCCUUGCUGAGUCUUGGACCUCUACUUCAUUCCAUGCACGGGAUGGACUUGCUCCGGGAAUGAAUCUGGUUAAUGCGGUGGAGAAGGCUGUUCUCUGUAGUACCCCUGCCUCACUUCCAGCAGAAGUCGGGACGCGCGCGGCGGGCGAGGGAGGCAGGGGAUCGCAGGAGGCAGACGCCGUUCUGGUGCUCUGCGCAGCUGCAUGCUGCCCUGGCGAACGGGACUCUCUUCCUGGCUGUGCUGCCGAGUCCCUAGGUGAUGCUAGCCAGUGUGAUGGAUGGGGAAUUUAUCUACAUCUUGAUCUGAAGACGCAGAAAAACUAGUGAGAUCUACCUUCAACUGCAAAGGCUGGAAGACAACAAGUUGCUGAUAUGUGUUCAAGAUGAGCGGGAUGGGAGAAAAUACCUCUGACCCAUCCAGAGCAGAUUCAAGAAAGCGCAAGGAUCCUGAUCAGCUUGGACCCAGCCCUAAAAGAAGCACUGAGAAACGCAAUCGUGAGCAAGAGAAUAAAUACAUAGAAGAACUUGCAGAGCUGAUUUUUGCAAAUUUUAAUGAUAUUGACAACUUUAACUUUAAACCUGACAAAUGUGCAAUCUUGAAAGAAACUGUGAAGCAAAUUCGUCAGAUAAAAGAACAAGAAAAAGCAGCAGCAGCUAAUGAAGAUGAAGUGCAAAAAGCAGAUGUAUCAUCUACGGGUCAGAGUGUCAUCGACAAGGAUGCACUUGGACCAAUGAUGCUUGAGGCCCUAGAUGGGUUCUUCUUUGUAGUGAACCCAGAAGGUAAUGUUGUGUUUGUUUCUGAGAAUGUGACACAGUACCUAAGGUACAACCAAGAAGAGCUGAUGAACACAAGCAUAUAUAGCAUCCUGCAUGUAGGGGACCACAAUGAAUUUGUCAAAAUCCUGCUGCCAAAAUCUUUAGUGAACGGGGGAUCUUGGUCUGGUGACACUCCUAGGCGUAAUAGCCAUACCUUUAAUUGUCGGAUGCUGGUAAAACCUCUUGCUGAUUCUGAAGAAGGCCAUGAUAACCAGGAAGCACAUCAGAAAUAUGAAACUAUGCAGUGCUUUGCUGUUUCUCAACCAAAUUCCUUCAAGGAGGAUGGUGAAGAUUUGCAGUCUUGCUUGAUUUGUGUUGCAAGAAGAGCUCCAAUGAAGGAAAGACCACUUCUUCCUUCAUCAGAGAGCUUUACUACUCGCCAGGAUCUACAAGGCAAAAUAACUUCACUGGACACAAGUACCAUGCGAGCAGCUAUGAAACCUGGCUGGGAGGAUUUGGUGAGAAGAUGCAUUCAGAGGUUCCAUUCGCAGCACGAGGGAGAAGUAUCUUUUGCCAAGAGGCAUCACCAGGAAGUGCUGAGGCAGGGACUAGCAUUUAGUCCUGUUUAUCGGUUUUCCUUGUCUGAUGGCACUAUCGUUUCUGCCCAAACCAAGAGCAAGCUCAUCCGUUCUCAGACGACUAGUGAACCUCAGCUUGUAAUCUCCUUGCAUAUGCUUCACAGAGAGCAGAAUGUCUGUGGAAUGAAUCAGGAUUUGACUGGACAAGGAAUGGGGAAGAUACUGAACCCGAUUAGCUCCAGCAGCCCUGCCCAUCAGGCCAUGUGCAGUGGGAACCCAGGUCAGGAUAUGACCAUCAGUAGCAAUAUAAAUUUUGCCAUAAAUGGCCCAAAGGAACAAAUGGGCAUGCCAGCAGGCAGGUUCGGUGGUUCAGGGGGAAUGAACCAUGUGUCAAGCAUACAAGCAUCCACUCCUCAGGGUAGUAACUAUGCACUAAAAAUGAAUAGCCCCUCACAAAGCAGCCCCGGCAUGAACCCGGGGCAGCCAAACUCUAUGCUUUCCCCAAGGCAUCGUGUGAGCCCUGGAGUGGCAGGAAGUCCUCGCAUCCCACCCAGUCAGUUCUCCCCUGCAGGAAGCUUACAUUCACCCGUGGGAGUCUGCAGCAGCACAGGAAAUAGCCAUAACUACACCAACAGUUCCCUGAACGCACUUCAGGCCCUCAGCGAGGGCCACGGCGUUUCUCUAGGAUCGUCGUUGGCUUCACCUGACCUAAAAAUGGGAAAUUUACAAAAUUCCCCUGUGAAUAUGAAUCCUCCCCAGCUAAGCAAGAUGGGAAGCCUGGACUCUAAAGACUGCUUUGGACUGUAUGGGGAGCAAUCAGAAGGUACAACUGGACAAGCAGAGAGCAGCUGCCAUUCAGGAGAACAGAAAGAUAAUAGCGAUAGCAACAUGCCACCAGUUGUCAGUGGCGAGAGACCUGAUGGACAGAAUAAACUGCACGAUGGAAAAAGCCAGACAAAGCUCUUACAAUUGCUGACCACCAAAUCGGAUCAGAUGGAGCCUUCGCCUUUGUCCAGUACCAUGGGAGACGUUAGCAAGGACUCCACGGGAGGGUUGCCUGGGUCUGGUUCGACACAUGGAACCUCGCUCAAGGAGAAGCAUAAAAUUUUGCACAGACUAUUGCAGGACAGUAGUUCUCCUGUAGAUUUGGCCAAGCUCACAGCAGAGGCCACAGGCAAAGAACUGAACCAGGAGUCCAGUAGCACAGCUCCUGGUUCAGAGGUGACUGUUAAACAGGAGCCAGUGAGUCCUAAGAAGAAUAAUAAUGCACUACUUCGCUACUUGCUAGAUAAAGAUGAUACUAAAGAUAUUGGUUUACCAGACAUACCCCCCAAACUGGAGCGGUUGGACAGUAAGACAGACCCUUCCAGUAGCACAAAGUUGAUAGCUAUGAGGACGGAAAAAGAAGAGAUAAGCUUUGAGCCUAAUGAACAGCCAGGCAGUGAAUUGGAUAACUUGGAGGAGAUUCUGGAUGACCUGCAGAACAGCCAGUUACCGCAGCUUUUCCCAGAUAGCCGCCCAGGCGCGCCAGCGGGCUCGGUCGACAAGCAAGCCAUCAUCAAUGACCUCAUGCAGCUCACCAGUGACAGCAGCCCCGGCGCAGCUGUGGCCACCCAGAAACCAGCAAUGAGGAUUUCACAGAGCACUUUUAAUAACCCACGAGCAGGGCAACUGGGCAGGUUAUUACCAAACCAGAAUUUACCACUUGACAUCACACUGCAAAACCCAACAGGUGCAGGAACUUUCCCACCCAUAAGAACGAGUAGCCCCUAUUCAGUGAUACCUCAGCCAGGACUGAUGGGCAGGAAUGAAGGGAUGAUAGGAAGUCAAGGAACUUUAGGCAACAGUAGCACAGGAAUGAUCGGUGGCAAUGCCCCUCGGCCUGCCAUGACGUCUGGAGACUGGGGAGGCCAGGCUCCUGCCGUGAGGGUGACCUGCACGCCCACAGCUAGUGCCAUGAACAGGCCGGUGCAAGCAGGCAUGAUCCGCAACCCCACGGCCAGCAUCCCCUUGAGACCCAGCAGCCAGCCUGGCCCGAGGCAGAUGCUGCCAUCUCAGGUCAUGAAUAUGGGGCCAUCCGAAUUGGAGAUGAACAUAGGAGGACCUCAGUAUAACCAACAACAGGCACCUCCAAAUCAGACUGCACCGUGGCCAGACAGCAUCUUGCCUAUAGAUCAGGCAUCUUUUGGUAAUCAGAACAGGCAACCGUUUGGCAGCUCACCAGAUGAUCUCUUGUGUAAUCAUCCUUCAUCAGAGUCACCAAGUGAUGAGGGUGCUCUCCUGGAUCAGCUUUACAUGGCAUUAAGGAAUUUUGAUGGUUUAGAAGAAAUCGACAGGGCUCUAGGAAUACCAGAACUAGUUAGCCAGAGCCAAGCUGUCGACCCGGAGACCUUCCCCAGCCAGGAGUCGGGCAUCCUGAUGGAGCAGAAGGCUCCGGUGUUCUCCCAGCAGUACGCGGCGCAGGCUCCGCUGGCGCAGGGCAGCUACGCGCCCAUGCAGGACCCCAGCUUCCACCCCAUGGGGCAGCGCCCGGGCUACGCGGCCCUGCGCAUGCAGCCGCGGCCCGGCCUGCGCCCCGCCGGCAUCGUGCAGGGCCAGCCCAACCAGCUGCGGCUCCAGCUGCAGCACCGGCUCCAGGCACAGCAGAAUCGGCAGCCACUGAUAAAUCAGAUCAGCAGUGUCUCCAAUAUGAAUCUGUCUUUGAGACCUGGAGUGCCAACACAGGGCCCUAUCAACGCGCAGAUGCUGGCGCAGAGGCAGCGGGAGAUCCUGAGCCAGCACCUGCGGCAGCGGCAGAUGCAGCAGCAGCAGCAGCAGCAGCAGCAGCAGCAGCAAGUGCAGCAGCGGACGCUGAUGAUGCGAGGGCAGGGCUUGAACAUGACCCCCAGCAUGGUGGCCGCCGGUGGCAUACCAGCAACCAUGAGCAACCCGCGGAUCCCGCAGGCAAACGCACAGCAGUUCCCGUUUCCUCCAAACUACGGUAUUAGUCAGCAGCCGGAUCCAGGCUUCACAGGAGCCACCACUCCUCAGAGUCCACUGAUGUCCCCAAGACUGGCUCAUACACAGAGCCCCAUGAUUCAGCAGUCUCAGGCUAAUCCUGCCUAUCAGUCCUCUACGGAGAUGAAUGGGUGGGCACAAGGGAACAUGGGUGGAAACAGCAUGUUUUCACAACAGUCCCCACCACAUUUUGGGCAGCAAGCAAGCACCAGCAUGUACAAUAAUAACAUGAACAUCAGUGUAUCCAUGGCAACCAACACAAGUGGUAUGAACAACAUGAACCAGAUGACAGGGCAGAUCAGCAUGACCUCAGCGACCUCUGUGCCUACAUCAGGGUUGUCCUCCAUGGGUCCUGAGCAGGUUAAUGAUCCUGCUAUGAGGGGAGGCAAUCUUUUUCCAAACCAGCUGCCUGGAAUGGAUAUGAUAAAGCAGGACGGAGAUGCAACACGGAAAUACUGCUGACCCUGAGCGUGGUUCGGUUGCUCCUUUCUUCAGCUGACUGGGCUUACGGCCCCAAAUCCUUACCGGUUUGAAGAGCUGCGUCUGUUUGUCGUGACCCAGCUGAGCUGCCAGCGGCGGUGGCAGCUGCCUGCCGCCGCCAGGACUCAGCCAGCCCUGCCUUCCCGAGGGGAGCCGGGCGGUCCUUGCCGACCAGCAGCCUCUUCUUUGACAGUCUGAAGCUAGCGUACAGACAGUUGCUCAGUCUGUUCACUGCAUUCACCUUAGUGCAACUUAGAUCUCUCCUGCGAAGUAAAUGUUGACAGGCAAUUUUCAUAAACCAUGUCAGAUUGAAUGUAUUUAAAUGUAUGUAUUUAAGGAAAAA